AUGUAUAGACGUUUGAUAAAUACCGACGUGAUGAGGGCCGCUGAUGCUGCGGCAAGCCUUCGGUCGUACUCCGGACCUUCCUCUAUCGCCAACCUCCCUCUUGUUUCAGCCUUUCUAGCCUGUGCUGUCGCUCAGUUUCUCAAGCCCUUCACUACCUGGUUAAAGGAUAAUAAAUGGGAUUCUAGAAGGAUGCUUAGCUCAGGUGGAAUGCCAUCAUCACAUUCUGCAACUGUUACUGCUCUUGCAACUGCAAUUGGUCUACAAGAGGGAGCUGGGGGGCCAGCAUUUGCCAUUGCAGUGGUCUUGGCCUGUGUUGUAAUGUAUGAUGCUACUGGCAUUAGACUUCAUGCUGGUCGACAAGCUGAAUUAUUGAACCAAAUUGUGUGUGAAUUGCCUCCGGAGCAUCCUGUUGCUAAUGUUAGACCUCUUCGUGAUUCACUUGGUCACACCCCCCUUCAGGUUGCUAGUGGUGCUUUGCUGGGAUGUCUGGUAGCAUUGCUCAUGGGAAGCUCUAUUUAA